AUGACAGCAAUUAUAAAAGCAAUAGCAUCAGAGUUCGUGAUUAUUGAUUCACAACAAAUCCCCGCUACUAUACUAUACUCUGCAGAUACAGGUAACAUUGUUAAGAUUUUCAAAUAUGUGGUCAUAGAAUCAGUUAGAGAUCCUAGACUGGAACAGCACUCAGUCGAUGAAUAUGAGAUAGUAACUCCACGUAUAAUCAUGCCUGGUUUAGUUGAUUCGCACGUCCACUUGAAUGAACCAGGUAGAACUGAAUGGGAGGGUUUUGCGACAGGAACACAAGCAGCUAUUAGUGGUGGAGUUACUACCGUGAUUGAUAUGCCAUUAAAUGCAGUUCCUCCAACGACAACUCUUCAUAAUCUCAAUAAAAAAUUACAAGCAGCAGAUGGCCAGUUAUGGUGUGACGUUGGAUUUUGGGGAGGAUUAGUACCUGACAAUUUAGAGGAUUUGCUUCCCUUGGUUAAAGCAGGUGUCCGAGGGUUCAAGGGUUUCCUGAUUCAUUCUGGUGUAGACGAGUUUCUUUCUAUUGAUGAAGAAUAUAUUAAUAAAGCUAUGGAUAUUUUAGCUAAUGAGAAAACUAUGCUAAUGUUCCAUGCAGAAAUGGAAGAUCCAAAAGAAGAAGUGGUAAACCCCCCUAAAUCAGAUUCGAAUGAUAAGGAUAUUUACUCUGGAGAAUCAGGAAAAAACGAGAUGGCUCCUAAGAAUUACCAAAAUUUUCUUAACUCACGUCCAGAUAGUUUUGAAACAGACGCUAUCAAAUUACUAAUUCGAUGUAUGGAAGAAGGUAAGAAAAAAAUAAACGGGAUUAUCCCACCUGUGCAUGUUGUUCAUUUGGCAUCCAAUGAAGCCUUACCUUUGAUUAUGGAAGCUCAUAAGAGUAAACUACCUUUAACUGCAGAAACAUGUUUUCAUUAUUUGUGCCUUGCAGCAGAAAAUAUACCUGACUCUGCUACGCACUUUAAAUGUUGUCCUCCAAUUAGAAACGAAGCAAACAGAAUUGCAUUAUGGACAGCUUUAAAGAGAGGUGUUAUCACGUCCGUUGUAAGCGAUCAUUCGCCUUGUACUCCAGAAUUGAAAGGUUUCGAGGAAGGCGACUUCCUACGUGCAUGGGGCGGAAUUGCUUCAGUUGGAUUAGGACUACCGUUAUUGUAUACAAAUGGAGCCUCCAUACUUGAAAUUACGAAAUGGUGCUGCGAAAAUACUUCUAAGCAGGUAGGCUUCCAGGAUUUUAAGGGAAAAAUUGCCGUUGGAUAUGAUGCUGACUUAGUUGUUUUCAAUCCUCAUAAAGAACAGUUAAGUUAA